CCCCGGAGGCCCGCCGCAGCCUACUCCACCGCGUCACCGGCUCCCCGAGAUGACCACAACAUGGCUGCGGCGCCGGGGCUGCUCUUCUGGCUGUUCGUGCUCUGUCCGACCUGGCGAGUGCGGGGCCAACCGGACCCAAGCACCGGCCGGCGCUUCUCGAAGCACAAACUCUGUGCAGAUGACGAAUGCAGCAUGUUAAUGUAUCGAGGUGAAGCUCUUGAAGAUUUCAGAGGCCCAGAUUGUCGUUUUGUGAAUUUUAAAAAAGGUGACCCUGUAUAUGUCUACUAUAAACUUGCAGAGGUAUCACCAGAAUGUUGGGCCGGAAGCGUUGGCCAUAGUUUUGGAUACUUUCCAAAAGAUUUCAUCAAGGUAGCUUGUGAAUAUACUAAAGUAGAGCUACAAAUUCCAACAAAUGAGACAGAUUUUGUCUGUUUUGAUGGUGGAAGAGAUGAUUUUGAUAAUUAUAAUGUAGAAGAACUUCUAGGAUUUUUGGAAUUGUAUGAUUCUGCAAAUGAAGAUUCUGAGAAAGCUAUAGAAAAAGUGGAACAAUUUCCUGAAGUCUCCCAGGACGUUGAACCUGAACCUAAACCAGUAGUAGCAAACUCAGAGCAAAUUGAAAGUGCAUUCUCAGAAAACACUAUGGAUCUUGAGGAACAAUUUUUGGCUCAGAAGAACCAUCCUCAUGCAUAUAGUCAAACAGAUAAUGCUCAGGGUGAACAAACUUCAUUUGAACCUUUUGAAGAAAUACUACCAGAUAAAUUGAAAGUGCCAGAAAGUGAAACCAACAAAACCAGCAAUAGUUCUCAGGUCUCAAAUGAACAGGAGAAGACUGAUGCUUAUAAGCUUUUGAAAAAAGAAAUGACAUUAGACUUGAAAACCAAAUUUGGCUCUACUGCUGAUACACUUGUGACUGAUGAUGAGAUGACCAGACUGGUGACUUCACUAGAAGAUGAUUUUGAUGAUGAGGAAUUGGAUGCUGAUUAUUAUGCAUUUGAUAAGGAAGAAGAGGAGAAUGAGGAAAGCUUUGGGGAGCUCCCGUUACUAACCUUUAUAAGUGAAGAAGACGUGAAAUUCCCAGUGGAGUUUGGAGUGCAGAAAUAUUCAAUAGGUGAAGAGCAGAAUUCAAAUGAAGAAGAUAAGGUUGAGGUAACUCUGCCCCCGGGCAUCAAGGAUGAUGAUAAAAAUAUACUGACAACCUUGGAGGAUACUUUAUUUAUUGGCACAGGUGGUGAUGAGAAAACAGAUAUGAUGGAUUUGGAGAAUUCUUAUUCAGAAGAAGAAAAAGAAAAUGAGGAAGCUUUAGUCCCAGAUAGAAAACAGAAGAAACCACAAGCAGCAACAGAUUAUAUUUAUCCUGAAAGUGCAGAAUAUGGUCUUUUUGUGGAAACCUCUAAGAUAGAUAAUGAUGAAGAGCCAAAAGUGGACAUCGAACUUCAUAUUAAAGGAAAAGAGACAGAUGUUCAGGAGCCUAAGAAGCACCUGAUGCAAGAUGUUUCAGAAUUAGAGGAUGAGAAGGUAGAAGGGAUGAUUGCAUAUACUUCUCCCCAAAGCAAUAAGCUCAGCUCAUUGCUAGCUGUUGAAAAGGACAAGGACACAUUAAAAUCAGCCUUUGAAAACAAAGAGGAUGACCUAAAAGAAGCAGUUAUCCAUACCUCAAAAGACUCAAAAGAAGUGAAUGAAGAAAUGUCUUCAUCUGGAGAGAAGAUUUUGGAAGAUAGCUUAGAGAAUAAAUCUCUACAUAAAACUGUAGGGAGUCUGAUGACCCAAGAACAGAGUAAACCACCAGAAUCCUUGGGUAUUACAACAUUCCUGGGAGAUAAUCAAAAUGAUGCAUCCAAAGAUGGAAUGGAAGAGCCAGGUUCAGUAAAUACACCAACCCUGCACAUAGACUCAGGGGAGCAUCAACCUCAGGAAAUUAAAGAGGGACUAGUUCUGAAAACUGAAAAUCAAUCUGGAUUCUCCUCUCCAGAUGGAAUUGGUUUGUUAAGAGAACCGGAAGAAGAGGUCCCCAGUCCCAGAAAAAAUCUUUCUUGGCAACAAGAAAGAGAUGUGGUUGUUACAGUUAGUCAAGUAAAUGAGAAGAUAGGGCUUUCCAAGGAUGAGGGUAAAGAGCAGUCCUCGGCUGAAGAAUUGAUUCAGCCUAAGGCAACACAGGGGACACAGGAAAUAAAAAAAACAGAGCAAACUGACGAGGUAGAAGUACCAGGUCUCCAUACCGAAAGGACAGCAGCAGUAGAGGAGGAUUAUUAUCCCCCUGAAGAGCUACUAGAGGAUGAAAAUGCUGUAAGUGCAAAACAGUCAAAAGAAAAACAUUCUGGGAUUCAGAAUGUUAACCAGCACGUUCUUGAGAAAGCAAUUUUAGAGACUAUCAAUCCUGAUCUAGAAACCAAAGAAAACAAACAAAAAAUGAAUAUAAUUUGGAAGAUUUUUAAGAAAACUGAAACCACAUCCAAAAGGGUAGACAUGAUGGACAAGGAACGAGGUGAUAUGGAAAUGGGAAAGGAGGAAAGUCCUCUGGCAGAUGAGGAAGCCCAGGGACUCUUUGACGGAAGUGACGAAGAAAACACUCAGACUUCAGGGAUAAGUGAAGUAUUUCAGGGUAAAGCUUCUGACGAUCUUGAAAAAGACAACCCUAAGGAACAUCUGAACACUUUAGGGUCUACAGAAAAGGCUACUGGAAAAGAAAUCUCAAAAGAGGACCUUGAGGACGUAGGGCAUAUCACCGAUGCAAAAAGCCAGGGUCCUGCUUCUGCAGACCUUGAAGAUGAAAUAUUCCCACAGAGUCCACAUAUAGCCCUAAAGUCAGAGCUUAGCGAUCAGGAGGAAGACUUGCCCAUAAUCCGCAGCUUCUUUACAGAACAAAAGUCCUUGCAACGCUUCCUGAAGUACUUUGAUGUCCAAGAACUGGAAGCCAUGUUGCAAGAAAUGUCAUUAAAGCUGAAGUCAGCACAGCAGGAGAGCCUGCCCUAUAACGUGGAAAAAGUUCUAGAUAAGGUCUUCCGUGCCUCUGAGUCACACAUUUUGAGCGUAGCAGAGCAAAUGCUUGAUAAUCGUGUGAAUGAUAAUAGAGACAUAGGAAUAAAGGAAAGUAACAUAUUUGAAGAGGCUGCAGUGCUUGAUGAUAUCCAAGACUUGAUCUAUUUUGUGAGGUACAAGCACUCCACAGUGGAGGAGACUGCUCCAUUGAUAACAGCGCCUCCUCUAGAGGAAAUCUUGGCUGAAGCUGAAGAGAUGCAGCCACCCCAUGAAGAUGAUUUUCCUGAAGAGAACACAAAUCUUCAUGAAGAGUCUCUCCUCCUGAGUCUUCAUUUUAAUGUGAACCAUCCUGAAGAGCCCAGCCUCUUGAGUCAACCUGUGACUGAGGAGGACAUGGGUGUCUCAGAAGUGUCUCAGAUCCCAAUUACUGAGAAAGUAUACCCAGUUUUAGAGCUACUUAUAACAGAAGAUACUCCUGUUGAUGCUGCUGAUACAGAAAACCAUCUAGAGAUAAAGGUGGAAGAGCCAGCAGAUGCCACCCUUUUGGACAACAUACUUUUCUUGUUAUAUUCAUUCUUGCUUUAUUUCUCUAAGACG